AUGGCAGGUCAGGAUAAGAAAAAAUCCAAGAAGACCGGCUCCAAGGGAGAAGCCGGUCAAGUUAUUACCGAUCCUCGAUUUGCCAGCAUUCAAAGUGACCCUCGUUAUCGCCUCCCUAGCAAGCGACAGACUCAUGUCAAACUCGAUAAGCGCUUCCAGCAUAUGCUAGAUGACAAGGAUUUCUCUCGCAAUGCCGCCGUAGACCGAUACGGACGCAAACUUGCGCACGACGAUACAAAGAAGGAAUUGAAAAAGUUCUAUCGCCUAGAGGAAGAGGAAGAAGAAGAGGAAGUUGAGAAUUCCAGUGAUGACGACGACAAGGAAGUUCAGAAGAAAUCGAAACGAGUCAACGAGCGUGCGUAUGAUCCUGCUCGCAAUGGCGGAUUCUCAGACUCCUCGUCUGAAGACGAAAGCUCUAGCGAUGAGGAGGAAGAAGAGGUCGAAGCAGAGGUUGACGAAGUCGAAUUUCCCGAUCAGCAACCGGGCAAUAUACCUCUCGGUGAGGUCACAGAUCGGAUAGCAGUCGUGAACUUGGACUGGGACAACAUUCGUGCAGAGGACUUGAUGGCAGUCUUUUCAAGCUUCUUGCAAACUGGAAGCCGCGUCUUGAAAGUUGCCGUCUAUCCCAGUGAAUUCGGAAAAGAAAGAAUGGAGAGGGAAGAGAUUGAAGGUCCCCCAAGGGCAAUCUUUGCAUCUAAAAAGGAGGAAGACGAAAGCGAAGAGGAGGAGGAGCUUGACUCUGAUGAGGAGGAGGAGGAAAUCAAGAAAUCCAUGCUGAAGACGGACGAUGGAGAGGAGUUCAACUCUACACAGCUACGGCGAUACCAGUUGGAACGGCUACGCUAUUACUAUGCUGUUCUCACCUUCUCAUCUAAAGAUGCCGCCAAGCAUGUCUAUGAUCUUGUGGAUGGUGCGGAAUAUUUAUCUAGCGCCAACUUCUUCGAUCUUCGGUUCGUUCCCGAGGAUACAGACUUCGAUGACGACAAGCCCAGGGAUACCUGCUCUCGAAUUCCUGACACUUACAAGCCAAACGAGUUUGUGACCGAUGCCCUGCAACACAGCAAAGUCAAGUUGACAUGGGAUGCAGAGGAUAAGUCACGAAAGGAGGCGCAAGCACGCGCAUUCCGGGGCUCGCGAAAGGACAUUGAUGAAAAUGACUUGAAGGCAUAUCUUGGAAGUGAUAGUUCCGACAGUGAGGAGGAUGAGGAAGAUGGCGGUGUGGAAGUAGUCGACAACACCACCAGUGAAACCACAAGCACCAAAGUGUCUAAGCGGGAACUUGAGCGGCAACGCAUGCGAUCUUUACUGGGUCUGAGCACCGAACCUACUCGCUCUUCCAAGCCGGCCGGCCCUGUUGGAGAAAUGGAGGUUACCUUUACAUCAGGUCUUGCUGGUGGUCAUGGCAAGGAUACCAUCUUCGAGAAUGAACCCGAAAUCGAGGAGACUCAAAUCGAGAAAUACGUGCGAAAGGAACGCGAGCGCAAAAAGAGGCGAAAGGAGAGAAUGAAGGCUGCCAAACGAGGUGAACUACCCGCUGGAGAUGCCAAGAAUAGCGGUGAAAAGGAGCUGGUCGAGAGCGAGGCGCCUCAAGAAGUCACUGAGGAUUUGGGCUUUGACGACCCAUUCUUUACAGACCCUACUGGCAAGACCACCGCUAUUGCCCAGAGGAAGGAGGAGAAGCGCAAGAAGAGGGCCGAGCGUGAAGCUGAAGAGGCUGCUUCAGCCGCUCAGAGAGCAGAACUUGAACUUUUGAUGGUUGAUGACAAGAAGUCUGAGAUCAAACACUUCGAUAUGAACGAGAUCGAGAAGGCCGAGAAGCAAGCACGCAAGAAAGGAAAGGGUAAAGCCAAGGGCAAGAACAAAGAGCCUCUCGCUACGGAUGACUUCAAUGUGGAUGUCAGUGACCCUCGUUUCUCGCGACUUUACGAUAGCCAUGAAUUUGCUAUCGAUCCGACCAAUCCCCGGUAUAAAGCGACGAGCGGCAUGAAGGCCUUACUAGACGAGGGCCGUAAGCGCCGACGUACCCGAGAUGAUGGUGAGACUGAACCAAUCCCAGACAAACUGGAUCGCAAAAAGAAACAGAAGAAUACCUCUAAGGAGGGAAUUUCGGAUGAUCUGCAGAAGCUGGUGGCCAAGGUCAAACGCCAGUCAAAAGCGUAG